GCAUUUCUUUUUAAUGAUAAUUAUGACAUGUGUCGUGGAGGCCGAUAAAACUUUAUAUAUUGCAAUCUGUCGGAUUGCAUUUUACUGAUUUUUAUUAUUUAUUUUUAGAUUUUAGAAGAUGUUUACUAAGUUUAGUAAAACACUUUCAUACCUAAAAGCAUGUCCCAAACAAUUUCAAUUCGGUGCCACUGCCAUUAUUCAACCCAACUCAAUUCGAUAUUUUCGCGAAAACGUAACAGUUCCAAAUUCCAUUAGAGGUAUAGACCACAUCAGGGAUCCCAAAUUCAAUAAGGGUCUUGCAUUUUCUUUGAGGGAGCGACAAGCGCUAGGUUUGCAAGGGCUGUUGGCGGCAAAAGUUACUACUUUAGACCAACAAGUGCACAUUAUGACGAUUUCUCUGGACAGGUAUCUGGAUGACCUGAACAAAUACAUGUUCUUAGUUGAAGUGCGGGACACGAAUGAAAAAUUAUUUUUCAACCUCUUAGCCAGUGACAUUGAGAAGUAUCUGCCCAUAGUAUACACCCCCACUGUAGGCUUGGCUUGUCAGAAGUUUGGCAUCACGUAUAAGAGACCCAGAGGCCUCUUUGUAACUAUACAUGAUAAAGGUCACGUCUACAGUAUCAUGAGAAAUUGGCCCGAAAAUGAUGUGAAAGCUAUAGUAUUCACGGACGGCGAACGAAUUCUUGGUCUUGGGGAUCUUGGAGCUUAUGGCAUGGGCAUUUCUGUGGGCAAGCUAGCGUUGUACACGGCAUUGGCGGGUAUUCAACCACACCAGUGUCUGCCCAUUAUGAUCGACGUGGGGACCAACAAUGAAAGCCUUCUUGCCGACCCCCUAUAUAUCGGUUGUCGGCAUAAACGGAUCAAAGGUGACGAAUAUCUGGCGUUACUUGACGAGUUCAUGGAAGCUUGCGUCAAGAGAUACGGACGAAAUACUCUUUUGCAAUUCGAAGAUUUUGCUCUGGAGAAUGCUGGUCCUCUUCUGACGAGGUACAAGAACAAAUAUUGCACUUUCAAUGAUGACAUUCAAGGCACAGCCAGCGUCGUAGUAUCAGGAUUACUUGCUGCUCGUAGAAUUACCAAGAAGAAAAUGUGUGAGAAUAUCACAAUUUUUCUUGGGGCCGGCUCGGCGGCAACUGGCAUAGCCCAUUUGAUGGUAUCGGCGAUGGUCGAUGAGGGUAUAUCAGAAAAGGAGGCACAAGCGAAAAUCUACAUGCACGAUGUUGAGGGGCUGCUAACUACUAAGAGGCCCGGGGGAGUGCCUGCGCACGCCGUCGCUUUCGGCAAAAAUGAUGAGCCUGAAAAGAGUUUUGAAGCAGUCGUAGCCAAAUUGAAGGCUACUUGUAUCAUUGGGUGUUCGACGGUAGGAGGCUUAUUCACGCCGGCAAUAUUAAAACAAAUGGCGAAAAAUACCGAAAGACCAAUCAUCUUUGCCCUUUCGAAUCCGACGAGCAAAGCCGAAUGCACAGCACAGCAGGCCUAUGACAACACUGAGGGUCGGUGUGUUUAUGCCUCUGGAUCUCCGUUCCCGCCAGUCAAAUAUGGCGGCAAAGAAUAUCUAACAGGGCAGGGGAACAACUCCUACAUAUUCCCUGGUGUGGCACUUGGAGUCAUCGCCACCGCUUGUCACACUGUCACUGACAAAAUGUUCUUGAUUGCCGCCGAGACAUUGGCAAAAUUGGUUAAAGAAGAAGAUCUGGCAAUUGGCCGUAUUUAUCCGCCAUUGAAACAAGUGAAGGAUGUGUCAUUGGAUAUAGCUGUCGAAGUCUCGGAGUAUGCGUAUAAAGAAAAUAUAGCUACAGUUCACCCAAAGCCUGACAAUUUGAAAGAGUUUAUACGGGCGCAUAUUUAUUCAUUAGACUACGAAAAUAUCUUGCCGGACUUCUUCGAUUAUCCCGAGAUUGAACCACCCAUUCCUAUAAAGUCGUAUGAAGAAAUAGCGAACGCGUUUAAACCGAAGAAACCUGUCCCAAGAACCAAGCCACCACCAGCUCAAUAGAAAAUACGUGACAUCCUUAUCAUUUAAGAUUAAACGAACAGGGAAUUAUUACCAUGUAUAUUGCAAACGUAUGUAACCGGUUGACUUGAGUUUUGCGGACUAUUUUGGAAAUUGCCUGAUUCUAGUUAUGAUCGUGUUUUAAGUAUUUAAUUAAUUUUUAAAUUUAUUUUAUAAUGACAUUAAUAUAAUUUAAAGUCUAUA